CACCACUCAAUUUUCACAUGAUUGCAACUCAAGAAAUAUUUUCCUUCAAAUAUUCUCCAUCUGUAAACACUUCAUCGAUCGUCUCAUUCAACUUGUUAAUGGAUUUCCCCACAUUUGUUAUUUGCCAAAUUCUCUUACAUUCUAUUGCAAAAGUUGAAUCUUUCGAGUUUAAGUAUCAUACCGUUUUCAAUUUUGGAGACUCGAAUUCGGAUACGGGAGGACUGGCUGCCGGAAUCGCCUUUCCAAUCGGGCCGCCGCAUGGACAAACAUUCUUCCAGAAGCCGGCCGGCCGCUUGUGCGACGGCCGUCUCAUCACUGAUUUUCUUAUGGAUGCAAUGGGAUUGCCAUUCAUGAAUCCAUACUUGGACUCAGUGGGUGCACCAAAUUUCAAAAGUGGAUGCAAUUUUGCAACUGGAGGCUCUACUAUUCUUCCUGCCAAACCCAAUGCCAUCUCCCCUUUCUCCUUAGAUAUUCAAGUGGCUCAGUUUAUCAGAUUCAAAGCUCGAGUUCUUGAUGUAAUAACAAAGGACAAGAAGUUGCAGGAAUUUGUCCCUUCACCAGAUGAUUUCAAACAAGGUGUAUACAUGUUGGACAUAGGCCAAAACGACAUCGACAGAGCAUUUGGUUACAUGUCCCAAGAUCAAGUUUUUGCUCUAAUCCCAACUAUCUUGUCACAAUUUCGCUUAAGAAUACAGAAAUUGUACGGUGAAGGCGGCAGGAAUUUUUGGAUACAUAACACAGGGCCCCUAGGUUGUUUGCCAAGAAUCAUAGCCACAUUUGGGCAAAAUGCAUCAAAAUUAGACCAAUUCCAAUGCGUUGAUUCACACAACCAAGCGGCCAAGCUUUUCAACUUGCAACUCCAAAGCCUUUGCGCAGAGUUCCAACAACAAUUCCCAGAAGCUAAACUGACUUAUGUCGACGUUUACACCAUAAAACUCAACCUCAUCGCAAAUUAUUCUCAAUACGGUUUCAAGGAAGGAUUGGGAGCUUGUUGUGGAUAUGGAGGGUUGCCAUUGAACUAUGAUAGUAGGGUUAUGUGUGGGCAGAGCAAGGUGUUGAAUGGCAGUGUGGUGAGGGGAGACGCAUGCACCAACACAACUCAAUAUGUUAAUUGGGAUGGAAAUCAUUACACUGAGGCUGCUAAUCACUAUAUUUCUUCUCAAAUUCUCACGGGAAACUACCUCCAUCCAUCUCCACUUUCACUUAAACCUACUUCAUUUUUCUCCUUAUUAACUGGAUAAAUAUAAAAACCACGUGUAGCUCGUGCUAUGCAUAUUGUACUCGUUCUGAAUAUAAAUAUUAAAUCAUAUUUAUUGUUUGUGUUAA